AUGCUUGCAAGCCCGCGACUGAAAGCCGUCUCCGGCUCUUGCGUGUUGGUCCCAGGGUUGAAUGAAUGGUUCAUACGAUCAGUGAAUGUGGGUGUUUUCCUUCAAGGUGCGGAGUUGUCAAAAAGGUUUCAAAAGGAAGGGUUGGGGAGGGUGGAAGAAGAGAAGCGAAGAAGACAAUGGAUCACGGUCAUUGCUGUGCUAGUUUGUGUCAUGGUGGAGUUGGGUGUCAUGGUGAAGAUGCAGGAGCAUCAAUGGAGGGGUUGGGGUAGAGGGAGAGAGGUAGAGAAAAUAAUGGAUCACGAUGGUUUGCGUCAUUACGGAGUUGAGAAUCAUGACAAAGGCGCGGUAGAAAGAAGGAAGGGAGAAAAGAAACAACAAAUUGAGAUGGUUGCGAGUUCAUUUGUCCUCAUCACUGUGUCAGGAAUCAAGGUCAAGGUGAAGGACUCUUACGUGCGCGCUAGUGAAAAUCCGUACAUGGAUGGGCAUGGUUGA